GUGGGCGUUUUGACGUAUGGUAGUCCGGACUCAAACCGGAGAAAGUGGUCCGUCAAAAAAUGCGUAAAUACCAGCAUUAUGUUAUCUUUAAUUUAAAUGAAGUGCAUUGAAAUGAGAUAAAUAAGUUUAUUGGGUCGGUGUUAUUAAUAAUAACUGGAUGGGGUUCGAACAGUAUGGUUAAAUAGAAGUUGCCAAAAAUGGAGUGGAUACGCAGUGGUUACAACAUGCUAAAUAAGCAGCCGCGGGCUUUGAUGGGCAGCACAAUGGAAGAGUGCGACCCUCAGGCCUGCUACGACAGUUUCAAGGAACACUGGCAUCAAGCUCUAAAAAUCAUCAAUCGGACCCAGCAAUUGCCCAAAAAUGACGAUGUUCUGGGGGUUGUCAAUCAUUUGGAGCAGAUGGUUACGCUCCUAUUGUACGAUAUGAAGAAAAUUGACCAGCUGCGGGUUCCAAUAUCGUCGUCUUCGCAGUGUCUGGAGUACAUGCUCGCUGAGAAUAUCCUUGACAAGUUGUUUGAAUGGGGCGUCCGUGCUGGAAAAUUUAAAGACGCCGUAAGGUGCGAACAGUUGAAGUUGUACGAAGUUUUGAUCAGUAGAUCCAGACACGUCCUUUUAGUCCAUGAACCUUUUCUUAGACCCUUGUUGAAACUACUGAAUUCCUGUAAAGACGAGCUGUUUUCCAGAGAAAUAGAAAAACUUCUUGUUGACUUGCUAAAUCAGUUAUGCGCUCUCCUAAUGCAAAAUAUUGAUUUGAUAGAUUUGUUUUUCCAGAAGAGUGAGAAUAACUCAAGGUUUAUAAUUUUCUUGCUGUUGAUACCGUUUGUACACCGCGAGGAUUCAAUAGGGAUGAGGGCUAGGGACGGUUUGUUGCUCUGCAUGUCGCUGUCGAAGAAAAAUAAAGACGUCGCUACUUACAUAGUAGAGCGUUCGAACUUCGCGGUGUUGGCCGCCAGCGGUUUAAACGGCCUAUAUUCUUUGUUACCAAAUAUUCUGGACGAUAUAUCAGUACCUGAUUGGCGUCGCUUAACUCCCGAUGACGUGAACGACAUUAAGGGUUUAUCAACAUUUGUGACAUCGCUGGAGUUCAGUAACGCCGUAGCACAAGUCGCACAUCCGAUGAUUAGAAAACAACUACAGGAAUUUUUAUUUCGCGGUUUUUUGAUACCCGUCUUAGGCCCUGCGCUUUUACAAACUAACAUUGACGAGCAAGUUGCCGCUACCGCUUAUUUGGAAUUAAUUUUACGCACAGUUACGCAACCGGGUCUUUUAUACGCCUUAUUAAAAUUUCUGAUAAAUAUGGAUUACGACGGACAAAGACUCCUAAACAUUUUAAUACAACGAAUUAAUUCCGCGUCCGAGUUGUGCCUAGUUUCUCUGUCGUUAUUCGAGACCAUGGUUAAUUUAAACUGCGAGGAUAUGAUGCUUGAGUUGGUUUUCCAACACUUGCAGCCGUGUCUGCACUUGAUGUUGUCUCAAAGGAGAAUGUUGUUGCCAUUGGACCCUCAUUGUCAAAGUUUCGAGAAAUUGUUAAAUCUAGCACCGAUUUGUUGUGAUUUACCGACUUCGCCGCGGACCGACAACAUACAUUGGAAUCACUACGGGGGACAGCAAAGUCUCUGUGGAAAAUAUCACGCGUAUUUGUACGACGCUAGGAACAAAAUUGCGAGCUGCCAAGCGGCCUGUCAGUCGUGGAAUAAUUCAUAUACGGGGUGUGACGAAAUUCAAGACCUAAGCAAUACGGAAGAAAAUUGCAAUAGUUUGUCUUCUUUGGGCGAAAGUAGUGGCUACGAAAGUUUGAAAAUAAAAAUCGACGAUGCGGAUGAUACUCCAGUUUGGCAAAUAUCGUCAAAUAAAAUCAAAAAAGCCACUCCUGCGGUCAUAGACAGCGAUCAUUUGAAUAGUUCCGGAAGUGCGGGCCUUUUCCUGACUAUCCUCCUCGAGAAACUGAAAAAUUUCCUUUCAAACUCGUUUUAUAUAAAUUUGCAUGUGACUGGGUUAAUUUCGAGGCUGGCGGUGUACCCGCAGCCCCUCUUGCGGACUUAUCUACUCGACGACAGCUUAGUGUUGCAACCGAACGUGCCAUCAUUAUUCCAAAUUAUUGGUUCUUUGAAACAAAGCAUUGAUGAGUAUAUGAGUAGGCGAUCUGAUAGUGCAAGUCUGAUAAGGGCAGCGAAGGACUUUCUCGUUGAUAGGGAAACAAGACUAAUAAAUGCGAGACGUAACACUUUAGAAAAAUCAUCCUCGUUUAACGUGGAACCGGAGCCGUUCCAACGGAACGAACCCAAACGUCGGAGCUUGAAUUUGCCAUCACUUACGAAAAUGCUGGGCCGAAGACCGAGCCAAGUCGCCGAAAACAGCGUCGCGAUGGUUCCGACUGAAGAAUACAGCUGCAAUUUGCUUUAUCCGAAAUUUAACGAAGCGCAACAUGUGGCAUUAUGCGCCGUUUUGUUGGACGAGUGGGUCAAAGAACUGGCCGCUCUUGCUCAAGAACACACAAUAGCCCAACUUGCCGCCCUUUUCAAAUAGCCAUUUGUUGCAAUAUUCCAUAACUAACUCACUAGUGGCAGAUAGCCGGUUCGCUGUACUCUAAAAAUUGUUUUGUGUUAGUGUGUGUAGGCUUUUAGUGAUACGGCGAACCUCGUCCAGUUAGGGAACAUAUCGUUCAGACGCCCAUUGUUAUAGAAAACCUACUUGUUACAACGUUUAAGUAAUUUUUCAAAAAUGUCUGUGAUCUCUAUUUAAAAGUAAGAAAAUUUUAUACAAACACGUUAAUGUUACAACCGUCAGUUUUGCUGUGUAUUUCAUUAUUGUACAUUUUAUUUAUUUUAACUUGGUAGUGUGUAGGCCCAUAUUUGAUAUUUUAACCAUUUUAAGUUGAUAGCCUGUCUGACAAAACAAAUCAAAUUAAAAGUGUAACGAAAAACUUGCAGUUAAUUUACCCCGCCCGCAUUGCGUUAAAAUAUCAGUGUGUCCUACGUGCUACUUAAUCUUAUCGGCAAUAUAGAUUUUAAGGGAGAGUUGUAAUGUUUUAAUAAAGAUGAAUCGAAUCA